AUGUCUGCUAGACCACAAGUUACUGUCUAUGGCGUUGAUGGUCAAAAGACCUCCGCUGCUUUGCCUUUACCAGCUGUUUUCAAAGCUCCUAUCAGAGCUGACAUUGUCCAGUCCGUCUUCACUAAAGUUGCCAAGAACAAGAGACAAGCUUAUGCUAUCUCUGAGAAUACUGGUAUGCAACAUUCUGCUGAAUCUUGGGGUCCUGGUAGAGCUGUUGCCAGAGUUCCACGUAUUGCUGGUUCUGGUACCGGUAGAGCCGCUCAGGGUGCCUUUGGUAACAUGUGCAGAGGUGGUCGUAUGUUUGCUCCAACCAAGAUUUGGAGAAGAUGGCACGUUAAGGUGAACAGAAACGAAAAGAGAUACGCUACUGCCUCUGCCGUUGCUGCCUCUGCUGUUCCUUCUUUGGUUACUGCCAGAGGUCACAGAAUCGAAGCAGUUUCUGAGAUUCCAUUGGUUGUCUCUGAUGAGUUCGAAUCUGUCAAGAAGACUAAGGACGCCAUCGCUAUUUUGAAGGCUAUUGGUGCUCACAAGGAUGUCAUCAAGGUCAUCAAGUCCAGAAAGAUGAGAGCUGGCCAUGGUAAAAUGAGAGGUAGAAGAUUCACCCAGAGAAGAGGUCCAUUGGUUAUCUACGCUCAUGACGACGGUUUAGUUAAGGCUUUAAGAAACAUUCCAGGUAUCGACACUUGUACUGUUCAGGCUCUUAACUUGUUGCAGUUAGCUCCAGGUUCCCACAUGGGUAGAUUCGUCAUUUGGACCCAGUCUGCCUUUGGUGCAUUGGAUUCCAUCUAUGGUUCUGAAACGGUUAAGUCUUCCAAAUCCGGCUAUUCCCUUCCAAAGAACGUUAUCUCUAAUGAUGACUACCUGACCAUCAUCAAUUCUGCUGAAGUUCAGGCUUCUAUCAGACCAGCUGGUCAGCAUCAUCAGAAGAGAGCACAUGUUGUCAAGAAGAACCCAUUGAAGAACAAGCAGGUUUUGUUGAGAUUGAACCCUUACGCCAGAGCAUUCUCUGAGAAGAAGUUGGGCUCUGUUAAAAAGGUUGCUGCUAAGGGAGUGAAGAAGGAGGCUUUCUUAAAGGUUCUUAAGAACUAA